AUGUCUCGCGUAACGACUGAUGCAGAGGGAAACACCUACCCCGAAGGUGGACUCGAAGCCUGGCUAGUAGUCUUAGGGAGUUUCCUGGGUCUCUUCGGCUCCCUGGGCUUGGUAAACACUAUUGGAACGUUCCAGGCGUACAUCGAGGAUCAUCAGCUGGCAGACUACAGCUCCGGAACGUCAGGGUGGAUUUUCGGUGUAUAUGCAUGUCUGACCUUCUUCUGCGGGGUCCAGAUAGGACCGGUAUUUGACGCCAAAGGCCCUCGGUUCUUAGUCCUUGCCGGCUCCGUGCUGAUCAUGGUCAUGAUGAUCGCCCUGGGAUUCUGCUCGGAGUACUGGCAAUUCAUGCUAACAAUCGGCGUCGCGGGGGGUGUUGGGGCCUCGUUAAUCUUCACGCCCGCAAUCGCCGCGAUUGGCCACUUCUUCAACGAGAGACGCGGCGUUGCAACCGGGCUGGCCGCAACGGGUGGCUCUGUAGGAGGUGUCGUCUUCCCGCUCACCCUGGAGGCGCUGUUCCCGAAGAUUGGAUUCGCGUGGGCAACCAGGGUGAUUGCUCUCCUUUGCCUCAUCUCUCUCACAGCCGCUUGUCUUCUCAUCAGAUCGCGGUUGCCCAAAAAGCCCGCCGUCAAGGAGAACAUGAUGCCCGAUUUUCGUAUCUUCCGGGACCCGAAAUUCACGCUCACCACGCUUGGGGUCUUCUUCAUCGAAUGGGGCCUGUUCGUCCCCAUCAGCUACAUAUCGUCGUAUGCCAUGGCUCACGGCGUCUCCACCACGCUAUCAUACCAGAUGCUUGCGAUCCUCAACGCAGGUUCGUUCUUCGGCAGAGGUAUCCCCGGUUUUGUCGCCGACUAUCUCGGACGCUUCAACACUCUGAUCGUCACCGUUGCGUUAUGUCUCAUCUGCAACGCCUGUCUGUGGCUACCUGCCGGCGACAGCGUGCCCAUCAUGAUUGUGUACUGCGUUAUUUUCGGGUUUGCGAGCGGCAGCAACAUCAGCCUUACGCCAGUCUGCAUUUCGCAGCUGUGCAAGAUCGAGAACUACGGCCGGUACUACGCUACCGCGUACACGAUUGUCAGUUUUGGCACCCUAACGGGCAUCCCAAUCGCAGGUGAAAUCCUGUCGCGGUGCGAUGGGGAGUACUGGGGCUUGAUCACCUUCACGUCCUGUUGCUACGCGCUUGGCCUCGCCUGCGUCACGUCCGCCAAGCUGAUCCACGUCGGCUGGCGUCAGCCAUGGGUGGUGUACUGA